AUGCACACAAUGUCAGUAUUUGUUCCAGUACCACAUGGAAAGUAUCAAAUAGUAACUAAUGAGAAUAAUACAAACACAAAUUCUUUCUCAUCAUUACCAACUACACCUACAAUAUCAUCUACACCAUCAACUAAUAUUACUACCAAUAGUUUAAUAAAACCAAAAAAAUAUAUUGUUCAAUUAUCAAAAUCAUUUCGCUCAAAAAAGAAUUGGAAGUACAACCAAAAAGUAUUUGCAAUAAAAAAAGCAUCAGAACUUGGAUUAACAAAAGCAAUUAAAUUUUUACAAAUCCAAUAUCCAGAAGUAUAUGAAGAUCUUUCACUUUCAACACUUCAAUAUUGGAUACAACAUAUAAAAAAUAGUAAUAGCUAA